ACCCGAUGCAUUACGUCUUAAGCAUGCUAUCAUCCAACAAACCUACAGAUUCAAGCACGCCAUCGCAUCCUCAACCUUCUUUAAACGACCCAACACUCUCUACCUUGACCCCAGUGGCAGAAUCCAAUCCCCAUCCGCCGAGGAUGCAGCGCUUCACUCGGCCAGAAGACCUAGCAGAUUUAGAAGUUUUAAACACAAGGGUCGCAACGGCUCUGAGCGAUGAGCAAGGGCAUCGCCAGCAUCCACAACAGCAGCAACAACAGCAGCACCGAGAGCUGUUAAGGCGAUACAUGGAUGCACAUACUACCUUCCUCAAUAGUUCUGAUACAGAAGGAUCCGGCUAUAUCCCAGGCCGGGUCACUACAUCGUUGUUCACAGAUUUACAUUCACAUGGAGAUAGCUAUCACGUGUAUCGAGGAAGCCAUGGUCAAAGUCCGUUAUCAUCAUCAAUAAUAUCAUCAUCGUCGCUAUCAAUACCACUGCCGCUGCAUACAACCACGCAUGAUGGCCCUUCUUCUCCUUCAUUUACUGAAGAUGAUGAAUAUGGAUCUGGGUCUGGUUAUGGAUAUACAGCUCCAGGUUCACCUCAGAGCAUUGUUUCAAGUGCAUCUCUUAGUGGUUAUUAUUAUCCACAUUCGCAUCCCUCACGCCCACUGUCCCAAACAGGUUUUUGGGCUGACCAAGCAGCUUCUUCCUUUAAUCUCAUUAUGCCUUCAUCUGCUAUGUUUGCUACUGGUAAAGAGCCCACUGCGGAUGGGGACAAACUCGGGUUUGUGAAACUGAUGAUUGGGGGUCGUAGUCGGAAAUGGCACACUAGUAUAAUACAGGAUAUCUUCAAGUGGGAGGGGAUCAUUGCAAAUGAUUUUGAAGAUGAGUUUCUCCAUGAGCCGCCGCCUUUACCACCACCGCAGCUGCAGCAGCCAGUGGCACAAGUGAAUGCUGCUAUUAUCAAUGUUGCAACAGCUACAGUGGCUGCGCAUGAGGAGGGUAUUGUUCCAAGUGUGGGAGUUGGGGAUGAUGUGAAUGAACCAAAACAGCAGCGUCAACGAGAGAUGCAACAAUUACAACAAAAACGUGUUCAGUACGAAGAGUCUUCAGAGGUAAUUGUAGAACACUAUGCAUCAUCGAUGGUUCUACCAGCUUGGGCGCGUGCAGGCUUAGAUUACCGGGAUACUCAACAAGAAAUUCUUGUCAAGAACAUUUGUUUCGUUGACACGCCUGGUUACGACACAUUCAGUAAUCCUAACCGGGCCAUGGAUUUAGUGAUGUCGUACGUGGGUCUACAGUUCCAAACUACCAAUGAGUUUUUCUCUCGAUCUGCAAGAAGUGAUGACGCAUUAGGGCGGUUCCUUGCCAACAACACAACAGGGGCACACUCACAUGUAGAUGUCUGUAUCUAUGUGAUCGAGGGGCAGUUGACGGAACAGGAUAUCGCGUAUAUGCAACGCUUACAAACAAUGGUCAACUUAGUCCCUCUGAUUUUGAUGACACCCAACAUUACCACACAGGCAGUUGAUGUUGCUGCCAUUCGAUCGGAACUGAUUCGGCAGUUGUGUGAGAAUGAUAUUGAAAUUUACGGCAUGGUAGAAUCAGGAAGCGGAAGAGGAGGUGGGGUAAGAGAGACGCGGGCUUUCUCGGCUGAUUCUCCAUACUUGACACAUGCGACAGCAUCGGAAGAAGAGGAGCUCUCACCUCCUCCGUUGUCGCUUGGCGAAGGUUUGUUGUGUCCGGAAUUCACCUCUCCACCCUUUGUUUAUUUCGUUCCACAGGCUUCCGAUAGUAAAGUGCAAGUUGAGGGUCAAAGCGCUAAAAAUGAUAAAAAGACAGAAUCGAAUUUGCAUGCGUCACCAUCAUUUCCCUUGGCAUUACCAUCAGCAUCAUCGCUCACUUCGGAUCUCGGUUCUGUUCGAAAAUGGAUCUUUGUGGAGCAUUUAGCAGCGCUUCGGCAUCACACGACUCUCAAGUUCUUACGAUGGAGAAGGAAUUGGCAGGUAACGAUGGCAUCUUCACCAUCGCUCAUGUAUUCAUCUAUGGAAUCCGGUUCUUCUUCGCUUCGUCAACGGCAACAUUCGAGUAAUCAUGGUAGCAACAACAGUAUCAAUAACAGUAGCGCCAGUAGAGUUAGCAAUAACGCUCAUAGCGGUCAACAUUUGAUACCUCCAAAUGUGUCUGACUAUUUGUCCGGGCCUCAGAGUCAGAGCCGAGUAGCCUCGGUAAACGUGACAGCAACUCAUAAUCUACCUUCGUCCACUUCUGUUGGACCAUCACCAUUAUCUCACCAGCAGCAACGGCAUUCACCAACAGUGCUCGUGGGCGAACUUUUAGCACGUGAAAGGAAAAGAAUCUCUUUAAAAGUGGCUCGGAUGUUGGAAACACACAGCCAAGUUUUUGAACGGAUCAUGUUGGAGAGGAAGGAAGCAUGGAGACAAGCACUUCAAGGGAUCGAACGUGAGCAAAGGAUCGAUUUUCUAGUGCAAGAAAUCAAACGCUGGGCGAUGGCGGAGUAUCACACCCACAAUCAGACUCAGAAUCAGACUCAUUCUCUGGGAUCUGAGUAUCCAAUUGGUAACAUUGACUCUGCGUCUUAUUCAUACCGCACUCAGUCAACAUCAUACCAUCAGCAACAAAAGCACCAACAUCAGUACCAACAAAAUCCUCAAGUCCGUCACAACUAUCGCCACCCAUAUUCAAGCUCGUUAUUAUCAAAAAAAUCGCUUUUGGAAUCGAGGCGUAGCUCUCAUAGCAACAUGGUUGGCUUGGGACUUGAGGCAGGAGGACCUGUAGUUCCCUUGGAUGCAGAGCCAUCGCUUCUAGAUGUUUUGGACCUACAACAACCACAGGGAAGUGAGCAUAGUGGACCCUCAAUAACAGGAAAGAAAAAUAGCAACAGUACUACUGCUAUUACUACUGAUACUGCUCGUCACCAACAUUCCCAACGGAAAUCAUUACUGGACAAGAAAACCUCACCAUCACGCUCAAGAAUGAAUAAACAAGGAGAUAGCAUUGGGUGUGGUCGCGAUCAGGCUGGUGAUAAGGACCCGCUUGGUCUUGGACUGUGGAUGAGCCAACUCUUUGGAGCAGUAGGCAACGGAAUUAUCCAUGUCGUUGCAAUUGUUGGGAUGAGUAGUUUGGCCACAUUUAUCUACACACAUUUCUUGGAACAUCGUGUGACGUGGAUUGGAUAGCAACAUUUUGCCUCCACUCACUUUUUUUUUUCUUCGGUCUGCUCUGUAGCCCUCUGAUACAACUCUUCUUUGAGAUUUGGCGUGGUAUGUGGAGAAAUACUAGUCAGUGAAAAAUAUUGUGUUCAAAGAAGAAAGUGAACGCUUAUUAAAAUAAAGAGAAAGCUUUGUAGCAGUUGAGGAU